GGUGCCGCCGCCGCCGCCAUGAGCUGCCCGGUCACGUGCGCGGCGUGGGUGCGCCGGGGCGUUGCCAAGGAGACGCCGGACAAGGUGCAGCUCAGCCAGGAGGAGCUGAAGCGUCUCAUCGGGGAGGCCCGGAGCAGGCUGGGGGAGGAUGCUGACGGUAGCGAUGAAGAAGAGCAAGGCCAGAUGGCAGACGGCAUGGAUGUUGCACCUGCUGACAGAGCUGAGUCUUCUAAAAAUGAAGACCAGGAGGCAGCCACUGAAAAGCUGAGUGAUGAUGAACUAGCUGAAUAUGACUUGGACAAAUAUGAUGAAGAGGAGAACACAGGUGAUACAAAGCUUGGAGAGACUUUAGCUGGUCUGGCAGUAUAUGGGAGCAAUGAUCAUGAUCCUUACAUCACUCUGAAAAACACUGAUCAGUACGAGCAAGAGGACUUUAUGAUUAAGUCCACUGACAAUCUUGUACUCUGUGGCAGAGUCGAUAAAGAUUACUGUAGUUUAGAGGUCCAUGUUUAUAAUCACGAAGAGGACUCAUUUUAUGUACAUCAUGAUAUUAUUUUGCCUGCAUACCCUCUAAGUGUGGAGUGGCUGAAUUUUGAUCCUAAUCCUGAUGAGUCAUCAGGAAAUUAUGUUGCAGUGGGAAACAUGACCCCAGUUAUUGAUAUUUGGGACCUUGAUAUAGUGGACUCCUUAGAACCAGUCUUUUCCCUUGGAAGCAGGAAAGAAAAAAAGAAGAAAAAGAAAGGAAAGAAGGGUUUAUCUACUGAAGGGACAGUGGAAGGACAUACUGAUGCUGUGCUUGACCUCUCUUGGAAUAAACAAAGCAGGAAUGUUUUAGCAAGUGCAUCUGCUGACAAUACUGUAAUUCUGUGGGAUAUGUCUGUGGGUAAGCCAGCAGCCAACCUGACAUUGCACACAGACAAGGUUCAGACAUUGCAGUUCCAUCCAUUUGAAACUCAGACCCUUAUUUCUGGAUCUUAUGAUAAAUCAGCUGUGCUGUAUGAUUGCAGAAGUCCACAAGAUAACCAUCGAAUCUGGCGGUUUAGUGGUCAGGUGGAAAGAGUAACUUGGAAUCAUUUUUCACCUUGCAAUUUCUUAGCAAGCACAGAAGAUGGUUUUGUGUACUGUCUGGAUGCUCGUUCUGAUAAGCCACUGUUCACUCUGAAGGCUCACGAUGAAGAAGUAUCAGGCUUACAACUAAGCAGUCAGAUCAAAGGGUGCCUUGUGACAUCAUCUGCUGACAAAUAUGUGAAAAUCUGGGAUAUCCUGGGAGAGAAACCAAGUCUAAUCCAUUCCAGGGAUAUGAAAAUGGGUGUUCUCUUCUGUGCAGCUUGUUGCCCUGACUUCCCAUUUGUCUUUGCCUUUGGAGGAGAGCGAGAAGGGCUGCGCAUCUGGGAUAUAAGCAGCAUUUCUGCAGUGAACGAAGUUUUUGGAAACAGAGAAAGACUUGCUCUUACUGGUGCAAACACCGUGGCUUGCAGCUCCUUGGCCAACAGUAGCGGCAACAAUUUGGAGACAGCAAUGGAAUCAUGAUAGACCAGACCUCACAAAAUCAAAGUAAUUAAUGGGACGACACAUAAGUAUGUAUUCUACAACUUCCCCUGCUUGGAAAGUGUUCACAGAAAUGACUUUAGCGUCUUAUAAUCUGCAACCUUCUCCAUCUUGUACGAAGGAACAUAGUCAUGUGCUCAAAGUCAGCAGUUCCAAGCAUCUGCCUCUAUCACUAGCUUUGAAAGAUUAAAUCGCUUGCUUGUACCUGAGAUCAUGAGCCCUGAAAUAGGGGGGCAGCAGGCCAUCGAUGUGUAAUGUUGAUUUGUAAAAGAAAAUCUUCACCAGAAAAGACAUAGUGCUUCUAGUGGAAGUGUGUGUCCUAUAUUGCAAAGAAUGUAAAUCUCAUCUAAUGGCAUAAUGAAAAAUAUUUCAGACAGAACUGGUGUAGUGUAAAACAAAUGCUGAACAAAAAGGGCAAGUGUAAAUAAUGAAAUGAUGUAUCCUUUGAGUAAUUUGUGGCUAGAUUUGUAGAUUUCUAAUGCCUUUUAAAAAUUCUUAUUCAACUUU